AAAAAUCCGCUUCCCACGUUUCUAUGGCAACUCCUACCUCUCGAUGCCGGCACCAGCAUACAAGUUAUACCAGUCUUUCUUCAUAACUAUCUCCUUCAAGCCAGAGUCUCUCAAUGGGAGACUGCUCUUUGCUAGCCAAGAGGAGGAUGGUAAAGGAGACUACAUAGCCAUAGGACUGGUCAAUGGAAAGGCAGUCUUCAGGUUUGACUGUGGUCAGGGUGCUGCCGUGAUCACCAGUGAAAACAGUGUUAGUCUCCACAAAUGGCACACACUCCAGAUUGGGAGAGACAAUCGAAAAGGUUGGCUUCAACUCGACGAUGCUCAAAUUGUCCGGGGGAGCACACCGGGUGUAUACUCCAAGGUCACGCUGAGGGGAGACCUAUUUGUUGGAGGCUACAACGUGAGUGCAGAGAUACGGGAUGGUCUGAGGGCCAAGCACAUGUUUGAAGGAUUUCGAGGAUGUAUCGAGAGCAUCGACAUUGCAAACAUGGACUUGGAUCUUAGGCCUCAACCCAAAGGUUCCAUGGUAGGCGGACAGAAUGUUGGUGAAUGCAGUGAAGGUGUAUGCAAACAUCAUGUAUGCACCAAUGGAGGCUCCUGUAUCAGCAGGUCACCGGAUCAAGCCAUGUGUCUGUGCCCUCUUGGAACACACGGCUCCGUGUGCGAGGAUGUAAUUGAGAUCCACACUCCGUCAUUCAAUAGCUCGCACUCCUCCCACAUCGCUCAUGACACCCUGGGUAAGAAACAUCUCUCCUUCCUCCAGAUGGAGAUCAUCUUCAAACCCAAGGAGCCAUCAGGGAUCCUCAUCUACAGCGGCACGGAGUCCAGGGAAGGAGAUUUCUUCUCCAUUACCCUAGAUGAGAACUACAUCGGAUUCAAGUUUGAUUGUGGUUCGGGACCAGCAGUUCUGAGAUCAACACAGCCAGUCACACUACAUGAAUGGCACAUAGUUGAAGUAUCAAGAACAGCCCGGGAGGGAAUGCUAAGAGUGGACAACCAGCCUACCGUGACGGCAUUAGCUCCAGGAGCUUUUACGCAGACAUCAUUCGAUACAAACCUUUACAUCGGAGGCAUCGAUGAUAUAGACCUCUUAUCGAGAGAAGUGGCAGUCAAGAAUUCAUUCAGUGGAGAUAUUCAAAGGGUGUUGGUCAACGAUAACCAAUUAGAUCUCAUCAGUGAAGCAGUGGGAGGGGCUAAUGUUGGCAACGCCCACCAUCCAUGCCAGGGACAGCCAUGCCUUAACAACGGAGAAUGCCACCCUCUUCAUGAAAACUAUCUCUGUGACUGUAGGUUAGGUUUCAAGGGAGACAACUGUGAAAUAGAAAUUGAAGAAGAUGUUUCAGAGCCUAGUUUUACGGGAAGGAGUUACCUUUGGUAUGCCAGCAAUGAAAUCACUUCUAGAUUGUCUGGAGAAAGAAAUAUCUUCACCUUUGAGCUCCGGGCCACAGAACCCAAUGGUCUUGUCUUAUGGGCAGGUCACUCAAGUAUGACCUCAGGAAGUGAUUUCAUUGCCAUGGGCCUAGAAGAUGGCUUACUCUUAUUAAGAUUUGACCUCGGUGGAGGGGAGGCAGUGCUAAGAAGCAGAAGACCUGUCAACGACGGCGAGUGGCACGUCGUCAGGAUAGACAGGCUAGGAAUUGUGGGUAUAAUGGAAGUCGACAAUGAUGACGCAGUGACCAAUCAAGCGACUGGAGAAGACUUCAGGCAGCUCAAUGUCAAUGAUGGCCUGUACCUUGGCGGAAUGGACGACAUUGGCGAGACGACAAUGAACCUCUACACAACAGGCUUGACAGGGUGCCUCAGGAACUUUAAGAUUGACCAAAGCCUAAUAGUUUUCUCAAUGGAACAACCAGAUGGUGGCAGGAGCAUUAGACAGUGUUCAUAAUCCACCCAGAGCAAAGAGACUCUUUUUCUCAUCACUGUCUUCAAGUCCAGCAGCCUCAAAGACUUUUGUAUGGCCUUGAAAGAGGAGAGUUCAGUUGCGUCUUGUCGCACAACCUGUCCAGUGUUCAGUGAUGGAUCAUAGCCAAAGCCAUGGUAUCAUCUGCUUCAAGUAUAAGUUAGAAAAAAAAUGUAUUUAACAGGGCCCUGUAACAUAGAGCUCAGUAAUUGAUUGUAAGGUUGAUUUUUACAAUUGAUUCCAUUUAUUAUUGUGUAUAAUCAAUCUUAACAAUUGGCCCCAUGAUCAGAUGCAAAGAUGUAUGUUGCAGGGCACAGGAGAGCGUUUCUAGUGACUCAAGAUAAGGCAGCAGGUAUCUCAUGGAAUUUGCCAACACUGAAUUAUAUGUCAGUGCUCUGAAAAUUUCAGUGAAAUCAUUGGAUUUGAUUGGCUGAGAAGCACUGGCCUCUGACUGUUACUAUGGUAACUGUUACUAUGGUUACUGUCAGAAAAUGUCAACUUGUCAGAGCUGACAAGCCUCAUGAAAAGUUCAGGUCAAUCCUUCAUGAAUAUUGUUCAUGACAAAGUUAUCAUUCACUGAGAGUUCCCAUAGCAAAUUUGAUUUUUGGCCAAUCAAAAUCAGGGAUUUUACUUCAAAUCCAGAGAUAUUUUUAUUGGUAACAAAUUUCACGAAAUGCAGCUCUGAAUUCACCAUUGUCAACAAGACCAUCAUUACUAGGCACUGUAAUAUAGAAGAUACAGUCAAGGAUACAAUUAAGCAUAACUGAAAGUCUAUUGAAAACCACAUACAAAAAAGUUAUGAUGAAUUGUAAAUAUUCAUUGGAGCUUAUGUAACAACCCCAGGAAUGAUCUUUCAAUGGAAUUUUUGUCAACCCUUGGUAGUUCAUUUUUAUGGUACAAAGAAAUGGAAGCUAUUUAGGAGAUCCAUCACAAUAUAGCCACUGGUGUUUUAGGAUCACUUGUCAAUUAAUGAUCCUCACAUUGGCAAUCACUGUUCACAUCAUUCUAAACUUUUGUAUUUUUUGAUGUCAUUGUAUUAUUUAUAUUCAUUAUCUUUCCAUUAUAUUCUAUUUGUCAGGGUAUGACAACGGUGGUUUUAUUCUAUGUCCUGCAAGGCUAAACUUCAUUGUUUUAAUAUUCUUAAGUAUUAAUAUGUAUUAUUAAUAAGUAAUAUGUAGUCAUACAUUGUAUAUUAUUUGUUCAUCUGAAUUGAAUUUAUUCCUUACCAACAUUACUGCACAAAAGAAUAAGAAUCCAUGUACAAAAAUGCUAGUCAUUACAAAAUCACACCAUUUUUGGUUCAGGUCUGUAUUUCUUAGGAUCCAUCUUUCUUUAGACCUAUUUUAGGUAUUAAAAAGAAAGCAUUUUGUUUAUUAUUUAAUAUGAUCAAAUCAACUCAAGAUGUACACAUUUUCAUAGUACUUAAUCAUACAUCAGUACUGUAGGUGAUUUUAUUCUCGAGUUCUUCCCCUUUCUCUUAAGUGUACUUUAAGGGACUAUUAAUUAAACCUUCAAAUAUCAAAAGAGAAUAAAAUCAUGGGUCUUGUAAUGGGAAGAACUUUAGAUUAUGAUACUUUGCCAGUACGGUAAAAUGUUAUGUUGCUGGGUUCAGGUCACAUUUUCUUUUCAUUUAUUAAACAUUAAAGUUUAGACUUGAUUAUUAGAAUGGUAGUUGAUUUUCGUUCUCAUGUGUGUGUGCCCGUAGGCUGAAGUUGACAAUUCAGAAUUACUUUCUUUACAUUGCUCAUUAAUUGUUUUGAGUAUUAUUUCACAAUGUCCUCUAAUCUCAGCUUUUUACACUUAAAUUGAACAUCCAUAUCAUAGAUUAUUGACUGGCAUUUUUGCAAACUAUUUGAAAAAAAAUCUCGUUUAAAAGUCUGAGAAGACAGAUCUUAUUUAUUCUGUAUUUUUCUAAGUUUUUUAAUUUGAAGUAAGAAAAUUAAUAAAGUAUUUAUCAUAUGUCCCAUGAAAGUUUGCAGAUUUAAAAAGAACUGUUAUAUUUAAAUAGUUUUGUAAAGAUGAUUUGUUGCCAAAUUAUGCUAAAUAAGAACAAGAUGUAAAGAAUGCAUUCCAUAAAUGAUUAGUAGUACUUUAGCGAAUAUGAUGUGUAAAAGACCUUUACAAGCCUUUCAACUUUGCUACAUAUUUCUUUUCUCUUUCUUUAAAAAAAUGUCGUAUGGACUUGUAUUAAUCUUUAUUUUAUUUGACAUUGUCAAUUUCCCUAUGACUAUGGAAAGUAAUGAAUAUUUAUAUUAUGUUAAAUCAACUUUUGAAUAAGCCUAGAUUGGAUCCAGUGGCAGACCCACGAUUUACAAAGGAGGGGAUGUUUUCUGUUAAAAAAAAAUACAUUUGUCCUUCAGAUCUUUGUUCACAAGCAAAAAAAAUAAGAGGUACUUUGUUUUGGAAAAUACCCCCCCCCCCCCUUCCCCCGAUCUGCUGCUGGUGAUAUGAUUAAUAAGUGUAAAACAUAUCAAACACAUAUAUGUUCAAAAAGAUAUUUAUUUGUGUCUCUUUCUUCUUUUAUCUUGCUGCACAUAUUGCUUUGGAUAUACUUUUUUCGUUUCUUUAUUGACAAAAUAAAUUGCUCCUGACAAAAAAUAAUUGUACAAGAAUCAUUAAUCAUUUUUCUAUACAGUACAUGUAUUUACAUUUGAGUUAUCUAUUGUUGAUCACCUUUUAUUUCUAUGUACAGCAUUAUUUUCUUUGAACUUACUGAUGAAAUUCAAACUUUCAAAUUAGGGCAUAUUCCAUGCCUGGCUGUAUAAUAAUUUUUGUACAGCAAACUUGUAUGCACAGCAAUAAUGUUUAAAAGGUUUUGUGAAAUUAUUAUCUUUCCUUUUUCUUUUCAAUCAGAAAUAUAUUUUAUUUAAUCAACUCAUUUGUAUUAUUGAGAUAUUAGGUGUAGCAAUGUAUAUAGAAUAUGACACGUAAUGCAAAUGAUGUAUUUGAAUGUUUUUUAUGUAUGACUGUGUAUCUGUUUAUUAUACUCAUUGGCUACUAUUCUAAACUCUGGUUUAAUAUGGUGUAAAGUUGUUAAGCUAUGGAAAGCCAAUUGUGACACUAAUCUCUAACAGUACAGGUUCAAUUUGUCAGUUCGUUUGGUGCCCAAUUCGUUCAUAAUUGCCUGGGAAUAAUAAGUGAAGUAUUUUCUUCACUAUAAAACUGGAGAGAAAAUAGAGAGUAAAAAUAAGAAACAGACAAUGUAAACAAACUUUUCACUUUUUUGGCUUUCCAUAAUUUUAGCACCGAGUUAGACCAUGGUCUAGGUUUAACUAGAUUUCAGAAUACGAGCUGUACACUUUGCCAACCUGUUUCACUUGUACUUGUAUCAAAUUUAAAAAGCCAACAUUUUGACAUCACCGUGCCUUUUAAAUUACCAUUAAUUGUAUUAUAUUUUUCAUUAUGAGAAAAUAAACACAAAAGUUUGUGUCUUGAUUGAAACUUCAUUGUGUAAUUUCAUGUACUACCAUUUUGCACAAAUAACUCUCAGCAUUACUUUCAAGUCAACUAGUAUGUUGCCAAAAAUAAGAACAAAGGAAAAGAAAUUUAGAAUUAAGGUCUUCAUCAGCUUAAUGCUUUAUUAUGUAGCAAUCUAUAUAUUUUAGAAUGCUUAGUUAUUAAUAUUUCAUACAGACAAUCAUGACAUAAGUGCUUGUAAUUGGUAUUUUUCUGACACUGAUGGCAUGUAGUCUUUUUUUAGAAUGAUUUGUCACAUAAAUCAUGUUAUUAUAUUUCAGUGAACAACUGUGAUCUUGAUCAAGUGAUAAAGAGAUAUUUUCACUAAUCUUUAUCAUAUAUGGAUUAUAAGAAAACAACCCUUGCCAGUCAUUCAUAUAAAUGGAUUUGUUUUUUUUUAUAGAAUUUUUUUAAUAGUUUUACUCAAAACAUUUUAAUUUCCAUGUAGCCAUGUAAAAUAUGUCAACACGUAACAUUUUUACAUGUAAUGUUAUUGAUUGCUAGAAAUAUAAUCAUAAUUUUUUUUUUAAAUUAAGGUCAAUCUUUUUAAUUUCCUAUCCUAAUCAUCCAUGUAGGUUCUGUUCAUUAUUUAUUACAAUUUGCUAUUCAUUGAGUCAUAUUUUAUGUAAAAUGGUCCUCAUAAAAGGAAUUGCUUAUGAAUAACAUUGUGUGCGAGCAUGUCAGGAUCCAAUGACCGGGGUAAUGAUAUAUCUGUAAAGCACUUAGAGACAUCAUUCUGAUUAAGUAUUGAGUGAUGUAUAAAAGUGGAAUAUUAUUUUUAUUAUAACAAAGCAAAUUGAUCUACAUAUGAUUUAAGUUUUGUAGUAAGAAUGAGUCUUUUUUCACUUUUCAUUCUUACCAUGCAGUCCUUAUGAAUAAUGGGCUUUAUGAAUAGCAAUCGUUUGGAAGAAUGAGUUUGACCCAUUUAUCUCAUCUGUUUUGAUUUAUUCCUUGUUUGUGAUGUAACAUUAUAUCUUUCCAUUCUGAAAAAGCAGUGUUUUUGCUGUGCAUUUCAUUGUAUUGUUAGGUAUAUAUUUACAAAGCCCCAAGUUGUUUCAUCUUAACAUUUCUUUUCCUCCAUUUUUAUUUACAAUUUAUUUUGUUAUUUUUUAAAGAAUUUUGUAAUACCCUUUAGGUUAAAAUUUUAAUAAUUUCUUAUAUAGAAAUUUGUGUUUUAAACUUGUCAUAUUGAUGGAAGUCCAUUGUAUUUUGUAUUUUCCCUAUAGAGGAACAUAGUUUUUGGUUUAAACUGCAAAUAUAUUGUUGUGUACAUAAUGUUUUCUGAUGAAUUCUUUCUGAAUUAGAAUAAAGAAAGGACGACCACAUUUUAA